GGACACUGUACCCACCCUCUGAGAGAUUUAGAUUCACUACAGUGGGUACUCGGCUUAUAAACCAUAGCACUUCUACUGAGUAUAUGCGGCCUACGCUUAUGGACGAUAUGGGUGACCGUCAUCGCUGGAUUAACGUUGUCUGUUCUCUCGGUGUUCAGCUUUCCUGAGUCUUAUCCUCCUGUGAUCCUGCGGACGAAGGCAAAGCGCUUGCGUAUGAAAUACAGCAACCCUCAUCCGAAGGCAGCUUCAGAGAACGAGAGCUUUACUCCUAGAAAAAUUGCGCAGAUCUAUCUUGUACGACCAUUCUGUGAGUACUGCCUCUUCUGCCAGUCACUUUCUGUGAUUCAUUUUGCUUUCUCAGCUGGUUAAGUAACGGCCGACGUUAGACGUACGAAACAAUUCAGAGCUGUUCACCACUCAACCAAUCCUCGCCUUAUUAACUCUGUACCAGUCCUUCAUCUGUGGAGUACUAUUUCUCUUCUAUCAACCUUAUCCCAUCGCUUUUGGAGAGGUCCGUGGUUGGAAAGCAGGUCUCAAUAUUCUUCCUCUCUAGGAAUCAUCUUCGGUACCUUUUCCGGCACUGUGGGGGGUAAUGGUCUAUAACCAGACCUACUUACGGUAUCACUGUUUCUCUGAAGACUGCUCCUUCAUUCCUGAAAGUCAUUUACCACCCAUGAUAUUCGGUGGUGUUCUCAUUCCUAUAGGAAUAUUCUAGUAUACUUAGACAGCAA